CGAGAGCACCCAAAGAGGUAUAAAUCUCAGCGACAAGCCCCAGUUCGUGUGUUGCUAUUCACCUUGUGAAAUUCGUGCAGUGAGCCACUCUGUGCCUUCGUGUUCCAAGAUACACAUUAAACAUGGCCAAAUGUAAAAUGUUAGGGUGUGUACUUGUACUUGCGCUGUUCGUCUCCCAGUCGGUUUCGGCAGAGGAAGGGCCUCCUAAUCCCUACCCGACCAGGCCAGCAACUUCCAAGCCUCCCGGAAACAUGACGACUCUCACGGUGUUGACACCCGCCAGUACUUCACCUACCGGAAGUGUGACGAGUCCCACGGUGUUGACACCCGCCAGUACUUCACCUACCGGAAGUGUGACGAGUCCCACGGUGUUGACACCCGCCAGUACUUCACCUACCGGAAGUGUGACGAGUCCCACGAUGUUGACACCCGCCAGUACUUCACCUACCGGAAGUGUGACGAGUCCCACGGUGUUGACACCCGCCAGUACUUCACCUCCCGGAAGUGUGACGUCACCCACGGUGGUUACCCAGAAGCCCACCACGACUGAGAGCUCUGGCUGGUGUCUGAAAGCAUUCAUUGCUUUACUGGUGUUCCUGAUGAUAAUGAUAGGCGCUUUUGUGGGACUUAAACUUUUUUUUCCCCAUUCUGCUUAAUUUCCCGGUAAUAACAUAAAGGCCUAUUUCUUUAAUUGUUUUUACAAACGUUUUAUUUUUUUAGACUAAAUUUUUUUUUAAAAAUUCUAUUUAAAAUUCGCAAGCGCUGAAUUAUAUAAGUGAUACGCCAACAGCGCUAUUAACAUAUUCAUGGAAAAGACUGCAUCU